AUGGAGCUACUACCGCAAGGUCAAAAGAACAAUACAACAGUCAGCUAUGAUGAUCAACAAAAAAUAAACAAAUUCUCAAAACUUAUAAUGAAAAAAGAUACUCUUGAGCAAGAAUUGAAACAACAAAGACAAGAAAAGGAAUAUCUUGACGAUGUGUCCUUAGAACUGGAACUAGUUGACGAGGAAGAAUUGGUCAAGUACAGAGUUGGAAUGAUUUUUUUGCAUUUAAAGCAAGCAGAUGUUGUCGAACAGUUGGAAAAAGAUAUAGAAUUAGUCGAUUCCAAUGUGGAUAGAUUGGAAAUUGAAGAACUCCAAUUGGAUUCUCAAAUUAGAGAGCUCAAGACCAGCCUUUAUGCCAAAUUUGGUGACAAUAUUAACCUUGAACGAUAA